AUGGCAGCCGAAACAAAAACCGAGAUUCAGGAAUCGACCGCAGAGGAGCGGAUCGAGCACUCAAAAGUCGAGGAGUCCACGGCGGAGCCUGUGGUCAAACUGGAUUCUUAUAGAGAUGACAAUCAUAUAAAUCUGACGUGGAGAUCUUGGAUGGUAGUUUUUGUUACAUGCUUUGCUAUUAUGGGUCAAGUUUAUGUUGUGGUCGCUGCUGGAUCGGUUAUUGGCUUCAUUAUUAGAGAUCUCGGCGACCCAGCCAUCGCAGGAUGGAUCAUCCAGGGACCUCUAUUGAUGCAGAGUGUUCUUUCGCCUAUUGUAGGUCGCCUCUCCGACGUCCUAGACCGGAAAUACCUCGCGAUAGUCCCUACUGCCAUUUCCUUCGUGGGUGCGAUCGUCUCAGCAAAAGCCACGAAUAUGGCCACACUUAUCGGGGGUGGGAUUCUGGUCGGCUUCACUCUCGCAACGAUUGCUAUCGUGCAAGCUAUCCCGUCGGAAGUCUUGCCCUUGAAAUUCCGUGCUCUUGCGAACGGAUUUGCAUUUCUUGGAGGAGCAGUUGGUGGAUUAGUUGGCAGUCUCGGUGCGGGUGCGGCAACUAAUUCCAAUGCAUCAGGCUGGCGGACUAUCUUCUGGAUUCAGGCUGGUUUCUUUGCCAUAACAAUCAUAGGACUGCUUCUAUUUUAUCACCCAAAGAAAGUAACCGACACCCCAAAAUUGUCGUUGAAGGAGAUAAUGUGGGCAUGCGAUCCUAUUGGGUCAAGUCUCUUCAUUGUCGGUGCUACCUUAACGCUCUUGGCUCUGGAUUGGGCGGGUGGGUCAUAUACAUGGCAUAGCAACCAUGUUGUAGCACCACUCGUAGUUGGUCUUGUUUCAUUACUUGCUUUUGCCAUUUACGAAUGGAAAGGGCGCAACGAUGGACUUGUUGCUCAUGCUUUCUUUAAACGUGGACCGAACUUUAGUCUCUCUGUGUUUGCGUUUGCAGUUGAAGGAUGGAUCUUCUAUAGCGCUGUCAACAGCGUGACACCCCUUAUUGUCCUACAUCUUGGGUUUGAAACCGAUGCUUGGCUGAUUUCUGUGCGCCAACUUUCGUAUACGUUGGUAACUCUUACGGUCUCAGUCCCGAUUAUGCUUUGGGCAACAUGGAAGAAAGACCUAAAGUCUCCACUGCUAAUAAGCUUCGUCUUCUUCCUGGCCGUCUCCAUCUGCUACGCAUGCAUCAACCCUUCGAUGAAAAAUGCCCAAAUUGGGUUUAACAUCAUUUCUGGAAUUGGCCAGAGCGGCCCGCUCACGCUCCUCGUUGCCCUUGUCCAAUUUACUGCACCGCAUGCGUAUCUCUCAACAGCAACCGGCCUUGCAUUUUCAGCAAGAGCUCUCGGUGGCGCUUUUGGUUCAGCCGUCUUAAACGCUAUCAUCAACGGCAAAAUUUCGUCAACCUAUGUGCCGGCUGUGUCUUCCGCUGCAACAAACGCUGGGCUUCCAAUAACUUCAAUUCCGGAUUUGCUUAAAGCCCUGGAAAGCGGUGCGGGAUUCGCUGAGGUACCUGGUGUUAAUGACAAAAUUCUCGGCAGUGCCAUCAGUGCUAGUCAAAACGCCUACGCUGCAGCCUAUAGAUUGGCUUGGGCUAGUAUUAUCCCGUUUGUGGUACUAUCAAUAGUAGCGGUUGCUUUCCUAAAGGGAGUAAAGGAAUUGAUGACGGAACAUGUCGAGGCAACUGUAGAACACGUGGAGGUUCAAGAGAAGACAGCGGUUUAG